GAUGGUCCUGGGAGCGCGAAUCGUGGCGCGAAUAUUUUGCUGAUUUUCACGUAGAUUUCGUCCAGAAAACAGCUGAUUCUUCCAUUUAAUAGAUAUGUAUGUCACGACAGAGUAAAACACCAUUCAUGUUGUCUUGGUAAUGGCGCGAUCGAAGCGUAAGUCUUCAAAGCAAGUUGGCGAGGAACCUUCAGCUAAACGAUCCAGACAUGUUGCUGACACUCCCAGAACAAACAAGAAGGCUGAGGUGGAGGAAACACUUUUUGAUACAGUAGUGCAAAAAGCUGGUCUUCAAGUGAACUCGGGCCUGGUGCAAGAUGUUUUAGAGGUUGAUCGUGCUAUCUUCCAGAAAAAAGUCAGAAAUGCACUUAAAACUCAUGAAAAUUAUCCAGAGGUCAUAGAUGACUUCCUUGAAGGAUUGCAGAAUAGGUUGGAUGAUGCUGACAGAUUUCGCCUCAGUUUGCUUCCAGUUUCUUUGGCAGAGGAUGUUGAAGGGCAUGUUGGGGGCCAGGAGAGUUUGAUUAGAAUGCUCUUGGGUAUCGACGUACUUCAGCCAAAGAUUGCCAAUUUGCUUCUGGAAAAGCUUCCAGAGUUUACAGAAGAUGAUUGCAACAAUGGCACAGAUGAUUUCAACAUCCCUCGUUUGGUACUAAACCAGUUCAGAUGGCUUGACUGUGUCAUCCAGAGUAAGGAGUUGACUGAGAAGAUGCUGGAGAUUGUAGGAAUAACAUCAGUGGAAAUUCAGCGUGAAAUUAUAACAUGUAUUCCUGAAGUACUGGAUGAUGCAGAAUUUCUCCUUCAUAUAGCAAGGGAACUUAGCGAACUUCUACGUCAGAACACAGGACUUACAGUUCCAAUCCUUGAUGCUUUGUCUAACCUCAACCUGCGCUCUGAUCUCCUGGCUGAGGUGCGUGCAUCAGUGAUACAGAUGUUACCCUCUGCAGAAAUCAGUGACUUGCCAGUUGUGGUCAAAUUUAUACUUCAGUCUGUUGGUGACAAUGAUGCGUUUGAGGUGAUUAGUGAAUUACGUGCAAGCCUGGAUUUCACAUCUACUUCUCUGCAACCUGCAGCCUGCUCCACUCCUGCUGAGCAACGACUAUCUUCAAGUGGAGGGUCAGCAAGUGAUGGGGAGCUUUUUACACUUGAAGCAAUUCGAUCAGGAAUUCGCUUCCAGAGAUCAGUUGCAGAGGGUUGGAUUAAGGCCAUUGAAUCUGUUAACUCUCCUGUGAAACACAAGGUUGUGGACUUGUUUGUGUUGCUUAUUCUCCACUCUACUGCAAAUCGAAAGAAGGCCAUGGAAAGCUUGAUAAGGAAUAAAAUAAAGAAUGGUCAUUUUACGGAAGAAAUGUUGAGUGCAGCGUUUAGUUCACACUCACAGAUUCUGAGGGAAUAUUUCCCUGACUUGUUGUCCUUGGCAGAAAUUCUACUGAGGUCUCCCGAUCCAUCUGUCUGUUCUUAUGCCUGUUCUAUGUACAAAUUAUCAUUUGUUUCAUUCGACCUUUACUGUCAGCAGGAAGUGGUAGGGACAUUAGUGACCCACAUAGGCAGUGGAUUUGCAGCAGAAGCAGAUGCAUCAUUAGAUGUUCUUUCAGAUCUUGUUGAAUCCCAUGCAGAUAUUAUGGCCCCAUUUGCUAUAUUUAUUAAAGGUCUGUUGGAUUACUUGGACAAUCUCACUGUAUUACAGAUUAGAAAGCUAUUCAGUAUGCUAAGUACCCUGGCUUUUGCCAACCAACAAGAUGGAGGACUUAUUCAGGAUGACAUGCAUAUUGUGAUCAGGAAACAGCUGUCAAGUAAUUCUGCCAAAUACAAGAGAAUUGGUAUCAUUGGAGCCAUAAUGGUUGUACGCAGCAUGGCAAAGAAGAGAUCUGAAGAUGAGGGUUCAGAAGAAACAAUGGACACUCAGUCACAACCAAAAACCACUCUCUCUAAUGAAGUUUACAAACAGAUUUGUAGCAUGCUAGAAAUGAUACGUAACAGCACCAAUCAGAAUCCAGAAGCAGCAGCAUUGUUUUAUGACGAGCUGGCAAGAAUUAUUCAAGUUGGAGGCAUUGAUCCAAAAAUUGAGGCCUGGAUAAGUGAAACAGUUGUGGCUGAUUUUCAAGAUGACUUCCUUGUGGAUAGAGAACCACCCACAGAAAGUCUUGGUGUUCCCAUGGAAUUAUCAUAUGCCUUGGAUGAGGCAGAGGAAGGCAGCAUUGCUGUCAAUAUGCUGCCAUUACUUUUAGCUUCCAGAAAUGGUGCAAAAAGCAAGGACAAAAUUGACAGUGGACCAGCCUCACUCAUAUGCCUUGCACCUCAUUUCCGCCUUUUGCGGGUCUGUGAAGAAAGUCAACACAAGGGAGAUCUUGAAGGAAUUGAUGCUCUCUUAGGGUGUCCACUUGUUAGUUUUAAAGAAGAGAUGAUCAAAGAAAUAACCUCUCUGGACCAAGCAGAUCGAGAAGUCAUUUGUGGAACUUUGUUCCACACUGUGAACUGGUUCAGAGAGGUUGUGAAUGCAUUUGCAUCCCAAGAAAGCCCUGAAUUGAGAGGAAAAAGCAUUGCAAGGAUUCAAGGCAUAACAGCAUUGUGUGCUGUUUUAGAAAAGUGUCUUGCAGCCACACCUUCCUUCAAGCCUCCACUGGCUACGUUUGACUUUGAAGACUCAUUGGUGACAAGUCCUCAUUCAAAUGGGAACAAGUCCAAGGCUAAGAAAGGGAAGAAGACUAGUAAAAGAUCAAGCACUGAAAAACCAGAUGAUUCUAUAGAAAAGAUAAAAGAUCUUGAAAAAGAAAAUGUCGAUGACAAAGAAAGUGAAACACAAAAAGAAAGCUCCAAAGAUGCAAAAGAAAAGGACAAGGAGAAGGAAAAGCCAGCGACCAUAUCUAUGUCACAGUAUCAAGCAUUUCUCAGAGAGUUAGAUCUCAAGACAUUUAGUAUUUUGAAAUGUGGACUGGUCUCCCGUGCAGUUUUGGAUUCUGAAAUGAAUACAGAGGAGACUACUAUAGUGCAACUUCAGGCUCCCCAGCUGGAGUUUCUGUUGGAGGACCUUUCCAGAAAACUUCAGUAUUCACUUUCAGCUUCUGCUUCUUCAAGAAGGAGCUUUCUCAAGGUUCGUCAGGAUAAACUGGUGGGUUUCUCUAACUUGUCCAGAUAUCCUGCAAAAGAAGUGGCCAAAUACGUUGUAGAGCUGCUGCCAGUCUUAUGCGAGCAUUUAGAAGCCACCAGUGGCUUCUUUCAGGCUUUAGUUGCCCAAAAUGAUGGCCUGAUGGAUGGUCCAGGUCACAACACUGCUGAGGCACAAGUGAUGGCUUCAUGUUAUCACUUGCUUUUCAACUGUCUGCAGACUCUCUUUGCAUGGAGCGGUUUUGUGACAAGUGAACAACAAAACCUUUUCAAAAAAGCUCUUUUUGUGCUGUCCUCAAGAACUACACUCUCCAGCAAGACACAGCCAGGAUUUCAUGCACUUCUUGAACAAAGCUUCCACUAUCUUGAGCAGUUCCAAAGCAGUAUUCCAAACAUUGCAACAGCUGUUAGCCUUACUAAGCUGUUAGUAGUUUUGUGUGAGAAGGGAAGAGAUGGUGACAAUGGCAUGAGCAUUUCUCUAGCUGAAUUAACUGGUAAUUUCCUCAAGCGUGAGUGGUUUAGACCUGAUGGUGAAAGGGAGAGUGGUGCAAAAUAUAAUGAGGCCCUGCAGUUCUUACUAAGGUUUCAUCUAUCUUGUGCCGAGGACACCCUUGCCACAUUAGAGGAAAUUGCAGGUGGAGCAGUAACAGAACUUAUUGAGAGUGACGACAAAAAUGCAGCCUCCACCACAUAUCAAACUCUUACAAGAUCGUCAUUGCCUUGUUACUACCGUGCAAUGAUGGAAGAGUUAAUAGGAAACCUCAAACAAACUCAUUCAGUGCCACUCAAAAAAACAGACUCUCCAGAGUGUCACAAUGAGAGGCUGGUGAAACUGAACAUUUCUGUUCGACUUUUUCACAUUCUUAUAAAUCUAGUUAAGGCUUUUGAUCAAAGGUCUAUGAUUGGAGCAUCUUUGAAGUUUGGACGUUUAUUUUUGGAUACAUUCCUUAAGUUAGGAAUGCCAGUACUGGAUUUAAUGUUCAGGACACACAAGGAUGAUAUUAAUGGAAUGUUGAAAAACUUGCAACAGAGCACAAGAUCUCUUCAACACAUUUGUGGACACAGCAAGGUAACAAAAGAUCUCUCCCUCACUAAUCAUGUCCCAGCAGUCAAGAAGUGUCUGGAGACAUUUGUCUUUAGAGUCAAGGCAAUGCUUACACUAAACAAAUGCCAUGAGGCUUUCUGGGUCGGGACGCUCAAGAACAGAGACCUACAUGGGCAAGAGAUCAUGUCGCAGCAGUCUGUGGGAGAAGAACCCACAGAAGAGGAGGAGGAGGAGGAGGAAGGUGAAGAAAUGGAAGAGGAUGAUGAUGACGAUGAUGAUGCUGACAAAGACAAUGGAGAUGAAGGUGCAAGUAACGAUGGAGAAUCAAGACAUGAUGGUGCAGAGUCAUACAGUGAAAGUUUCUAACCAUGAUCAGCAUUAUAAUGAGAAAUAUUACAAACACUUAUUUCAGAGUUCUGUCAUAAUUUGGAAAAAUUUUUUUGCAGUUGGCUCAAGUGUGUGUGUCUCUUAUCAAUCCCAGAUAGAUAUCCUAGAUUUCCUUGGGAACUACAUAGGUCCAGUCUGAAACUCUUCAAUUAAAACACCUUGUACGGUUAGGAAGCUCAACUUGCAAAGAAUAAAAAAUGGCCUGGCUUCUUUAUCUUUUAAAUUCAAAUUCAAAUUGGUUGAAGAUACUGAAUUUUGAAACAAAAAUAUUGCAUGAGGCCUGAAGUAACAUAAUUUGAUGAAGAGAUAAGAAGACAGAGUUGAGAUAAAUUAUAAUGCACAGACUUUAACACACAUUACUUCUCUUCCUUUAUAGUUGCAAAUAAUUUUUAAACAAGUACAGGUGUGUUAUCUGGCUUACAACUUUGAGGAAGAAAGCCACGGUUGAAUUCGGUUUUGAGAUGGUUGAUAACACAGUCAACUGCCAUCACCAAUGUGUUUAUUGAAUUGUACAUUCAUGUCUAAGUUACCAAUGACAAUUUGAACUGGCAUAAUCAAAAACUGAAAAUCAGUUCAAAUUUUAUUUCUCAUUUUAGAAUUCAAAGGCAAGUAUUGGUGUUGCUUUUAUGAUUGCCAAACACCAUAAAUAAAUAAUUUUGCUCUGAUGAAGGGCUAACAUGGUGGCCAGUUUACAUUAUCAACUCAGUUGAUAAAACCUAAUUAGUUUGAAAUACCCACAGCUUCUUUAGAAACCCACCCUCUUUAUUCAAACACUAAAUAGAUAACUUAUUUUGGGGCAAUAUGUAUUUGGUUGUUGCUGCAAUGACUGCCAUCAAGGCAUAACACUUGUUCGUCAUCUUAAUGGUAAACCCUGAUAAUCUGUUAGUCACUUGUUAUGAAAUAGGUCGCACCCUUAUUACAGAGAUCACACUUGCCCAUCUUUCUACAGCCACUGACUGAUCAAACCACAAUGGCUGAUAUCUCUUGGUGCUAUUGAAAAGCUAACAGUACAGCAGAAAAUGUUAUUUAUGAGCCUUUUCUUUAUGUGACUGUGUAUAUCACUAAUAUUAUGUGCAUAUUAUCUUGAAUACAUCCUAUUCCACUCUACACAGUCUGCAUAUCUGACUCCAUUUCCACCAAACAAAUCCAGAGCACUGUUAAGAAAAAAAUACAGAGUGAUUCAACAUCAAGCAGCUAUGUA